AUCUCCUCCAGCGCAUGUGCACACUUAUGAGGCCCGCCGGAUGGCUCUUAGCGCUCUCGGCGUCCGCGGCGGCGCUGCCGAGCGGCCCUACCACUUUUGAAUUCGCGAUACCGGGCGACGCGCACGAGUACUGCUUCACCGCGUGCAACUCGACCUCUGGACCGUGUCCCGGGUUCUGCGGUGCGGGCAGGGCUUGCUGCCUGAACGGGCUGUUUGAGCUCGGCUGCCCCGAGCAUGGCGGCUGCGCCGACUACCACUGCUGCGUCGAAGCGGUCCCCUACCCUUCUCCGCCUCCGUCGCCUCCUCCGCCGUUCCCGCCGCUUCCGCCGAUGCCACCGCCCUCGCCACCUCCAGCGCCGCCGCCGUACCGGCUGUGCGACCUGGAGCACGACUGCGACAACAAGGGCGCGUGCGGCGUCUGCCUCAAGGAGCUCGGGCGCUUCUUUGACGUCGGGUACUCCCUCUCCUGCCCCCUCCCAACCGAUCUCGGCGACUUGCACGGCUGCCAGUGGGCGGACGAGCUGAAGACGGGAGAGCAGUGCGAGGCUCCGUUCAUGGAGGACCCCUCCGACCCCGCCGCGCGCGCCAACGCCUGCGGCGUGUACGACGGCCUCAACAACUGCCUGCCCUCGCCCAAGGCGUACGCCAUGGCCGCCGCACUCGGCUACCCCACGCCUCACGGCCGCUCCGUCUUCGAGCGCGUCGAGUGCAACGUCGUGAUGCCGUCGCCUCCGCCGCCGAGCCUGCCUUCGCCUCCCGCGCUGCCGCCCCUUCCGCCCCGGCCCCCGCCACCGCCUCGGCCGCCGCCGUCGCCGCCGUCGCCGCCGAUUCCGCCGAACGUCCCGGCAGACGGCGAAGAUGACCCUCACCGAGUCCUGGAAGACGUCGCUCGGCGUGAUGUCGGAGGAGGCUGAGUGCACGACAGAUGCCUGCCGCUCGCGCCUGAAGAAGAAGAAGGAGAAGCUCGCGGCAGCCGCUGCCAAGGCCGCCGCGAUGAUCGACGCAACGGCUAGCGCCGUGCAGAAGGAACCGAACGCCGCCGCCCAGCCGCCCGCGCGCGGGCGCCGCCUUCCGCACGCCGCCGCCGCCGCCGCGGGCGCCGCCGCUGUGAUCGCGGUGGCGGCGGCGGCGAGACGGUGCUGUUGGGGUGAGCGGGUCCGGCGUGGCGCGUCGUUGCCCCCGCACGGGUAGAGGGAAGGGCGGGGCUAGUUCUUGGGGUGGUGGUGCGUCAACGUGCAUCAUGCGGAGAUUUGAGAUGAUGAGUGACGUCUGAUGAGCUGUGGUGUGUGCGCGAUUGCGGUCGUGCGCUUUGCACGCGCAUGUAAGAGGGGAGAGGGGGCAGAGUCCAGAGAGACCCCAGAGAGCGCGUGCGCUGGAGCGAGUGUCGGCGUGCGCAAUUGUCGAGACACUCUCAAGCGAGGCGCCUAGACGCGUGUAAUCAGUAUAAUGCAUGAUCUCUAU